AUGUGGGCAUAUAAAGACAGAGCUGGGUCUUCCCCUGGGGCUCAGUCUGGGACAGCCCCGGCAGUUUUUGCCUGCCCCGUGGAAGAUCACACCAAGCACGUCCAGCCCAUGCCGCUCCCGGCCAUGCAGCAGAACUUGAACUAUGUGUACCCCCAGAUCUUUUGGGUGGACGGCUGUGCCAACGCAAGUACUUCCUGCCCCCCGACGCCCCCCGUCGCUCCAUUCCCACCACCAGUGCCUGACCGGAGGAGAAAGCCAAGGAAAAACAGUGAAAGGAGGAGCGUUGGCUUCCUGGUGAUGUUCUUGCUGAUCCUGCUGGCCCUCACAGGAGUGGUGCUGAGCAUGUUCCAGAUUUUCCACCUGGAGAAGGAACUGGCAGAGCUCAGAGAGUCUGCCAGCACUGAGCACAUCCCUCCAGCUCUGGAGAAACUCAUAGGGCAGAACGAGCAGUCGAUGAAGAAGGAAGCGAGGAAGGCAGCACAUUUAACAGGGAACCCUGCUCAGCAGGACCUUCCUUUGGAGUGGGAACCCAUCUCUGGCCAUGCCUUCACCGAUGGCAUUCAGUAUCGCGAUCAGGGUCUUGUUGUCAAUGAGACCGGCCUGUACUUCGUGUACUCCAAUGUGCUUUUCCGGGGAAGCGUCUGCAGCAGCCAAAUGUUGACCCACAUUGUCUACAAGAAAAACCCGGCCUCACCAGGCAGCCACGUGCUAAUGGAGGACAAACGCAUCAACUACUGUACAAGUCAGAAAACCUGGGCCCGGAAAAGCUACCUGGGGGCUUUAUUCAAGCUCAGGAAGAUGGACAGUUUGUAUGUCAACGUCUCCAAAAUCGCUCUGGUUAAUUUUGAGGAAUCCAAGACAUUCUUUGGCUUAUUUAAGCUUUAAAUGGGGCUGUUGGAGUGUGGCGGGCAGUCCCCUACGCACACUAGGACAUG